UUUACGUGUUGACACUGUUACUAUCGAAAGUCUAUCAAAAGCUUUAAUCAUUUGAAAUUUUUGUUUAAAAAAUGAUUAUCAUUUUUCAUCAAUAAAUUUCUGACAAUUCCUAUAAUGAUAUUAGUUUUUAAUAAUAAUUAUCAAAAUAUGACACUCAAAGGUGUCAAGAGAUAGCAUUUGAUUGAAAUAAGUAUAAAGUAAUAGAAAUAAUGUUAAAUAACAUGUGAAGCAUCGGAAAAAUCCAAAUUAAAUGAAAUCGACAGAUCGGUAAUAUCGACGUAAUUACUGAAAAUAUGAUCGUUGACGUGUUUCACUUUCUUGAUGAAAAAGGCAAUACGGUUGAUUGUAAGAGCGAACGCGUUUCGGAAGAUAAAUUGAAAUCUUACGAAUGAGGAGUUGAGACAAGCGAGACAAGGAAAGAAAAAUCGAUAAAGAGAGAAAGAAAGAAAAGAAAAAGGAAAAUAUAAAAGAAGGAAAAAGAGUGAAAAAGUGAAAAAGUGAAAAAGAGAGAAGCUGUUCGAUGAAAUUUCUCUUCUUGAAUAAGACGAUCGCUUCCCUUUCCUUCAAUAAGCAAAUUCUCUUAUUUUUCUUUUUUUUUUCUUUCUUUCUUUCUUACAUCUAUAUCUCAUCACUCGGGGGGUGGGGGGUGGGUUUUUCUUAUCGCAGCAGAGUCAUGGGACAUUUUGCAAAGUCAGACCGUGAGCCUGGCUGAGAAUAAAUUGGAACUAGAAAACACCGUGAGAAAACUAGUCGAAGAAAAGAAGAUGGUCGGUAAUCGCGAUGCGUGUCUCGAGACAGAAAGAGCUCUUAGGAUCUUGCUGACCGAAUUGGAGAGAGAAAAUGAUUCGAUAAAAAUGGAAUACCGUGUUAAAGUAAAAGAAUUGGACAGAAAGUUGGAAGAAAUGAAAAAUCGUGAAAUCUUAAAAGAGUACGAUACGGAGAGAAAUGAAGAAGGAUUAUAUAAGGAAACGAUAUUAAUGCCAGGAGAUGAUCCAGAAUUAGAUAUGACGCGACAACUUAUCACAAAUCGUCAAAAAAUCGAACUUCUUCAACGACAAAACGAGCGCCUGUCGAAGACGUUGAAUCGUUUGAGAGAGUAUCGUUUAACGACAAUAACGACCACCACAACUACCAUGACGACAACGACGACAACGACAACGAUGAAGAUGAAGACAACUAAUACAACGAAAAGUCUUCUCAAAUGAUCUCUUAGAUCUCUUUUUAGGCGUUCACGGAUUUGCAUGUUCUUUGUAAAAGAUCCUGAUAAAUCGUUCGAGAUAUCAAAGGUACGCGCGAUAAUGUACCAAUGAGGUGCAAGUAAUUCGUAUCAAAAAGCUUUCUUCGAUAACUAUCUUAGCUAUUCUACUUCAAAAUUUCUUUUCGUUAUUUUUAUCCUUAUUUUCAAACGGCACACUCGGUGACAAUAAUUCUUCCUUAAAAAAUGCAAGAUGAAAAAAAAAACGGAAGGAAAAAAGGAAGAAGAAAAAAGAACAUUGUCAAAGCACUGAAAAAGCGAAUAGAACGAAUAGACCAAGCGAAUCUCGAUGUAUCAAAAAGUUUUAAUCAUCUCGGGUAAUUACGAACUAUCAAGGUAGUCCUAACUUUUAUGCUUGUUCCUUCUCCCUCUCUCUCUUUCUCUUUCUUGAUGAUAGUACUAAUAAAUUAUACCGUCAGACUUUGCUCGUAUCCAAAGUUCUUCGAAGCACGUUCGACUUCCGGCAUCUGGCUCGUCCCUUAGUUCCCAUAGUCCGAUCGAGAUCAAACUGGAACAUUGAUUUCACGGCUCGAAAAUAUUCUAAGAAACUUCGUUUCCCUCGAGUUUAGAUUUCAACGCUUUUCUAGCAUCUUUUCAUAUACGUAUAUACUUACUUACCUAUAUAUAUAUAUAUAUAUAUGUGUGUGUGUAGGGGUAUGUAUGUAUGUACCUACUCGUUUCGAUUGAGUUUGAGAAAUUCGGCUAAAUAAACCUCAUCCAAGCUCUGAUAGUAUAAAACAACUUGUUGAUUUGGCACCGUUCAUAAGUUUCCCUUGAAUAGCUAUGUAUGUAUGUAUGUAUGUACGUAAGUACAUACAUCUUACCUACAAAUGUAUACCAAAAAAAUGUCCUCGAAUUGAAGGUAAAGGGAAAAAUGGGAAAUUGACUUUUACGGAAAAGAAAAUAAGAGAACGUUUGUUCCCAAACCUUUUUAUUAUU